AAGACUGAAAAGGUUUUAAAAAAAAUAGAAGAACGCAAAGUGAAGAUAAAACAAUGCUUCGUGUAAAAUCAAAGAAAUUGGAGGAAAAUGAUGAUUCGAGUGUUAAACAAAGGAAACCUAAAUGUGCAAGAUGCAGAAAUCAUGGACUCAUAUCUUGGUUGAGGGGUCAUAAAAGGGAAUGUCGCUAUCGCGAUUGUUUUUGUGUAAAAUGUUCCCUAAUUGCUGAACGUCAACGAGUUAUGGCAGCACAGGUCGCUCUAAAACGACAGCAAGCUGCCGAAGAUGCAAUUGCUCUUUGUAUGGCAAAAGUGACGACAGGACAGAAAAUUAAUCGUCUACCACCGGGAAAAAUAUUUGGAAUGACAGUAACAGAUCCUGAUACGAAUAAAAAAAAUAAAGAGGGAAAUUCCGAAGCGAAAUGUUCAUCAAAUGAUAAAAAUACGCCCGAGGACAAUGCAAAUUCUAUCGAAACUGAAGAUAACAAUAGUUUUGAAUUGAAAAAUCAAGAGAAGAAUGAAGAAACCAAGACUGAUGGUCUCUUUCUAAAAACGAAGGAGAAAUUAGUUAAGAAAACGGAUUGCGCCGUGUCUCAAACAUCCAUGGAAACUCUUAUUCGACUAUUUCCAAAUACAAAACUUUCUGUACUUCAAUUGGUAUUGCAAAGAUGUGGACAGGAUCUCCUCAAGGCAAUUGAGUAUUUUUCUUGUAACGAGAAAUCUGCAACUAUUGAUUCUCAUUGUCCCAGUGUUUCAGCUUUUCAUCCGCCGAAAGUCGAUCGUCUUCCGGAGAUUUCCAAUCCCGAUAUGAAAACUCCACCCAAGACUUUUACUCUGCCAUCACUGCAUCCAACGAAUCAUUUGGGCGAAAGUUAUUGUCUCUUGAACGUAAUAUCCGAGCCGGUAUCGAAGAAUUUUGAAAGCACCAACUUCUGUGGAAACAAUUUCCCUUUUGGAAAAUCAGGAAACUCGCGAAUUGAUCGCGAGAGUAUUGCUCUUAAUUUACAGUAUAAUCAUUACUUUGACUCGGGACUGCAAUAUAAUCAUCAAUUCGCUGAAUUUUCUCAAAGGCCAAGUAUUCUCCAUCUUCCACCUUUCAUUCCAAAUAUUCCUUGCGUUCAACCCAAUUGCUUGCUCUGCUACAAAUUUGCGUAAAAUGUCUCAAUUCAUCUGCGCCUUUGACAAAUUCUUUCUGAAAAAGAAAAUUAAAUGUCAGUAAACUUUAAGUAUAUUUAAUAAAAGAAAUGAUGAAAUUAAACUCACCUUUUUAGAAUUGAAGAAAAAUAAUAU